GAAAGGUUUUCCUUUUUCAUGGAUACUGCGCUUCAGUUCCGCAAAAACAGACCACAGCAAGAGUCUGGUAGCUCUUGUAAGUGACAUGCUUUUAGAGUUGCAUUUUAGGCAUCAAAGGUAGGGUCGGUUUUUCGGUCAUUUUAAUCACAAAUUAUCUCAAUGCAACAUUAAAGGAGGCAUUUUGUCGCGCUAAUGUAGCACGCGCCGUGUAACCACGGAAACAAAAACGUAAAGAACACAAACGGUUGACGGCGCGAUUAACGUCAGGCUGUCACUGAUUGUUUGUAAAAAUGGCUUAUGAUCACCCAGUGACAAAAACACGACCGAGUUCCUCUGAGUCUCCGGCAGAAUCUCCUGAAAGCAUGAUGGGGAGCAUCGACAGGGCCGUGAAUGCAUCACCUCACUCCAAUGUACUGAGUCCAUCACAAACCGGAUACACUAAGAAGGAAUUGAUCUUGAUGGCACCUGAAGAAAAGCUCAAAUACAUUGAGAGCCGAGCUCAAGACCGUGAAGACAACCAAGAGUUCGAUGCUUGCAUCCAGGACCUAGUGCGCUGUGUGGCUCUGACAAGGCUGGUAUAUGGAGAUGGAAAUCUGAAGCUAGCCCAGGCCCAUGCUAGACUGGCCAAAGCAUAUUUCCAGUUCAAAGGCUGGGGGCUGCAGGCCCAGGAGCACUCAGCCCAGGCCAGAGAGCUGCUGCCUUUCUGCCCCUCCAUCUCCUCCUGCAGAAGUGAAAAGCUUGAGGUUCUUAUGUGUCUCCUGAACAUACACCUCACACAGGGAGGUGCUUACCUGCUUACAGCCAAUCUUGAGGAGGCAGAAUGCUCUUUUCUGGAGGCAGAACGAGUUCUUGAGGAGCUUCACCAACAUGGUGGCAUCAACCAGGAAGAGAAGAUGAAGACAGAGCUGGAAGUCUCCACUGCUCUAUCCAGGGUCUAUAGGAGACAGAACAGGCCAGAGGAAGCUUUAAGCCAGUGUGAGAAGUCCCUGCAGCGGCUGAAGGACUGUGGUAAACUAGAGAAGACGUGCUCUGUCUAUAGGGACAUGGCUGCCAUUGAACAGGACAAAGGUCAUGUAGACCAAGUCAUAGAGCAUCUCUCCAAGGCUCAUGCCAUUGCUAUGAGUCACAGCCCAGAGGAGUUAGAGGGGGCUCAGAUCUCCCACAGCCUGGCCCUCAUCCUUUCUGCUGCAGCAGAGCCCCAUCACAAUGACUCUGCAGGUCACUACUUUGAGCAGAGUCUCAGCGCAUACAAAAACUCUGCAGGUCCACUGGAUCCAGCCUUUCUCACAGCCCAGGAUGAUUUCUGUCGUUUCCUCCUCCUCAGUGGGCAGCAAGAGAGAUGUGUGGAGAUCCAGAGAGCUUCUCUCCCGUCAAAGAGAUCUACUUUCGGUGACCUGAGUGCUGAGGUAGCAGACACCCUUCAGCUGAUAGGAAGUGUGGAGAUGAGUGAGGGCAGGGUGAAGCAGGCACACAAGACCAUGACAAAGUGCCUGGAGAUCCAAAGUUUGUUGCACGGUCCUCAACACAAGAAGACGAAAGCUACACAAAAAGCUGUGGACAUGCUGGCCCGGGUGCCUGAGGUGGCUGAGAGACAGCGGGGGCAAGGGAGAAGGAAAACAAAACCUCACACACUUAUAGUUGUACCAUCCAGUGGCAAUGAUGGAAAUUCAAUGUCUGACUCUUGAAACUUUCUUUUUUAAAUGUUGUCAGUAGUUCUUUGUCCAUAUACUCCAAAUUAAUGUACAGACAAUAGUUUUUUGAGUCUGUCUUUUAAAUUAAUAAAUAAUACAGAUACCACGACUGAAAAAUAGCCUCAGUUGCACUAGUCAUGUCCAUUGGCAUUACAUUAUGAUUUUGUGUUGUUCUGUACAUUAGGUGAAUUAAGUUUGCUUUGAAAAAAAUACACUCAGAAAAAUUAACCACAAUAGGUCUUUAUUGUGUUAAGAUAUGAAUCAAUUUCCAAAUAAGGGCUGGAACCUUUUUUCACCAAAGCAAUAAUAGUAAUUUGUUCAAUAGAAAUCAUGUCAAUAAAAUCAAUGAUGUUAAACACUUAUUGAA